AUGAAAGACCCCAAGGCGAUUACCGGCAAAACCGUUUUGAUCUGGCUGCUGGGGUUCUUCGGGGUGAUUUUCGCAGCCAAUGCCGUGUUCAUCUACCUCGCGAUCGGGUCUUUCCCGGGCGUGGUCGUGGAAAGUUCCUAUGAAGCCGGCCAGGGCUACAACCAGGAACUGGCGGCGGCGAAAGCUCAGGAACAAUUGAACUGGCAGGUUUCGAGCGAAGUCGUUCGGUCAACCGACGACACCUGGAAACUGGUGGUACACGCAGCAGAUGCCGAAGCGACCCCGCUUUACGGCAUCGACAUCAAUGUCCUCUUGAGGCGCCCGGCCCAGGAAAUGGCAGACGUGGAAGCGAACCUGCGUGCGGAUGGCGGCGGGCGCUAUGUGGCCGAUCUGGAACAUCUACCCGCCGGCAACUGGACGCUUGUCCUGGAGAUCGAGCAGGACGGAAACCGCAAAUUCAAGUCUGAAAACCGCAUAUUCCUGAAGGACUGA